AUGAAACGAGGUCGUCUUGAGGCGCAUUUGAAGGCAAAACAUAAUGCUCAUAUUAAUUCAGAUUUGAAUUACUUUCAAACUUUAAAGAAAAAUUUUGAAAAGAGGACAACAGUAAAAUCCCUAUUUACUGCACACACAUCAACUCAUAAUCGUAUUCUUGAAGCUAGUUAUCAAAUUUCUUUAUUCAUCGCUAAAUCUGGAAAAAAUCAUACCAUAGGAGAGAAUUUAAUAAAACCGUCAAUAUCAGCAUUUCUUAAAACGGUUCUUGAAAAAGAUGACAAAGAUGUAAAAGCUAUGCCACUCAGUAACAAUACUGUUAGCAGAAGAAUAGAUGAAAUGAGUGAAGAUAUUGAAAAACAACUUGUUGAAAAGCUGAAAACAGGAAAAUUUUCAUUGCAAAUGGAUGAAUCAACUUUGAUGGACAGUGUGGCAGUAUUGAUAACUUACGUAAGAUAUAUUGAUAAAGGGCAUUUUGCGGAGGAAAUGUUGUUCUGUAAAAGAUUAGAAAGCACCACUACCUCCAAAGAUAUAUAUAAUAAGCUAAAAAACUACUUAGAUGUCAAUAAUAUACCAAUGAAAAAUAUAACAUCUUGUGCUGCAGAUGGUGCUCCUAAUAUGAUGGGCAAGAAAAAUGGCUGCUUAAAAUUGAUGAAAGAUGAGAAUCCAGAAAUGAUUCUUGUGCAUUGUGUUAUCCAUAGGGAAAACUUGGUAGCUAAAAACAUCUCGCCUGUUCUAAAUGAAAUACUACAUUCAGUAAUAAAGUGUAUCAAUGCUAUUAAAGCUAAUGCCAAAUGUGAGCGUCUCUUCAAGCUAUUUUGUGAAGAACAAAAUGAAGACCAUGUGAGACUUUUACUUCACACUGAAGUAAGAUGGCUUUCUAAAGGGAACUGCUUGAAAAGAUUUAUGGAGCUGUUUGAUACUCUUAGUGAUUUUUUAAGCGACAAACCUGAAAUGAAGUGUCUGUUAACAGUCGAUGGCAAAGCAUUUCCAAUGUUAGUGGAUUUGUCUGAUAUAUCAAAUAUGCGGUAUCAGGAAGAACUCGCAGAAAUGCAAAAUGAUGAGUCCGUAAAAGCGUUAUUUAAUAUAAAAGGAGUGAUGGCAUGGCUUUCUGAAGAAACAGAAAUCAAAUACCCACAUUCAACCAAAUAUACAAGAAAAUUAUUGUUACCAUUUCCAUCUUCAUAUUUAGCUGAAUGUGGGUUCAGUGCUAUAAAUGAUUUACUGGUAAAAAAAAGAAAUCGACUGGAUAUAACACAACGAGGAGACUUGAGACUGAGGCUAACCAAGUUGGAACCCAACAUAAAAUCUUUGUGCAGCAAGCAUCAAGCUCAAGGAUCUCACUAA